CUUUUAUCUAGAAAAGGCGGGAGUCAAUUCCAAUCCCUUCGCAUCUCUCUCUUCUUCCUUCAGCCAUCUUCGUCACACUUCAGCAAGAACGAAAGUCAGCACUUUUUCAUUCUCAAACCUGCCCAAAAUGAUGAAGGCUGAUGCGAAGGCCGGUUCCGCCCAUGAGGUCGUUCCCGCCAAAGUGCCCGGUUACAAGCACUUCUUGUUUGCCUUUACCCCCGAGUGCAUGCGUCUCGAGGACGGUAAGCCCUGCCAGGACAACCAGUUCGGCGUCACCAACUUGAGCGGCAAGCCUGGUUUCAUCCCCCACGACCGUGUCGGCGAUUCGAACCUGUCCAAGCAAAUCGUCAAGUGUGUCGGUUCCGUUGUGUCCGAGUUCGACGCGUCGAACUACAUGCAGAUCAAUUACGAGGCCCCGGACAUCCAGGCCGCCGUCAUGCAUGCCAACAUGCCACUGGCUCGAUUCAUUGUCUACUGUCCCCCCUGCAUCUCGGCGAUCACUACUGCUGUUCACCUCUGUCAGGAUAAUGAGGACGCAAUCACUCAGUGUCAUCGUCUUGGAUGUGCUUGCUGCCCCGGCAUCGCCAGUGGUCUGGCGCGUCUUUCCAUGAUCGCCGACACCAUCGUGGACGUCGGAACUGGUCAUCACCGGGCCAAGCCGAACAGUCCCGAGGCGCGUUGGAUGAAGUCCAUUGACCGAGCCUGGCUCGAGAAUGUCCUGUACAAUGCGGAUGACCAGAGCCCUGCUUCGACGCCGUCCUCUAACACUGAUACGACCACUGCUGGCAACGACUACGCGGGAAUUCGGGAACUCUUCACUUUUGAGGGCAAAGUCCGUGAGAGCACAGUCGCUGUCGUCCUGGCCGACGUCGAAAGUGCUUCUUGGAUCAUCAAUGCCGCUCCGUUUCCCACCGUGAAGCGUCAGCCUCGCACCGGCGAGAUGUUUCAUAUCAAGCACAACCACAUGGACAAGUCUUACAACCGGUCUUUUCUUGGCUCAUUCGAAGUCAAGGGGGCCCUGAAGCGUCGCAAGGGCACCUCGCCGCCGCCCGAGACUACCAAAUCCAAGCCCAAGCGCAAGGUUUUGGUUGACCGCAAGGGAAACCUCUCCAAGUUCUCCGUGGGCGACGAUGAGCUCCAGUAGAGACUUGAGACUUGGAACCAAGGGACACGAGAAUGGAGAAGAGUAGAGAUGGUCCAAGUGAUCUCGAGAGAUUUGUUGGCCGACGGACAAGACGAAAAGGAUGUC